UCCAGUGGGAACGCAGCUCGUAAAAGUACGUACGUUUAUUCAAUUAUCGCGUCGUGCAACACGCCUCGGUCAUAGCCCCAGUGAAAGUGACAUCAAAUAAAAUUAUAAAUCAAACGGUGUGAAGUGAUUCGAUAGCAUAACUAAUGCCAAUUGCUUGAUAGUGAUAUUCAUAAUAACUAGUGCUAUCCGUUACACCUCUAUUCGAUUGAUGAUUGAAUAAUUCGUGUGAAAAUAAAAUAAUAAACCGAAAACAUAUACCGAACGCAAGCUUCCUGUAAGUGCUGUAAAUUCUAUGAAGUGAAGCUGAGUCAGACAGAAUGACUCCUAGCUGGCGGGCCUACACAUAAUGCGAGUAAUAGAUAUUCGUCACGUCUGGCUCGAAAAUGACCUCAUCCUUCACUGGGACACAAAUCACUGCGUAACGAUUUGCAGUUUGUCUUCGCUGUGUAUCCCUUUGCCCUGUGCCCUGGGACAACCCCAUUCGCAAUGAAUGACACUCUGGUGCAAGUGAGGUACUUUCUGAUGCUGCACCCGGUUCGGCUGGAAUCGAAGCAAAUGAUCAACCAACAGGACAGCAGUGCCCUGCCGGAGCAAUCGUCCGAUAUGCUAUCGGACUCGGAGCAGACCCAGCUGCUGCUGUAUGACAUCUUUAUCCCGCUGCUCGGCACGCUGAUAAUCGUCCUUAAUCUGGCAGUCGUUACCUCCAGCUUGCUGUUGUUGCGAAAAGGUCAGCAGCCAUACACGACGUACUUGUUCCUUGGAAAUGUGGCCGCGUCGGACCUGCUGACGGGUUUCGCGGUUAUACACGGCCAAUAUGCACCCAAGGAGAUCCGAGGCGAGGACAACUGUGCGAUCUUGAUCGGUCUAAUUGUGUCCACAACUCUCGUCUCCGUCUACAGUAUUGGUUUAAUCGCCGUCGACCGAUAUCUUUACAUCGUGUAUGGAAUGCAGUAUCAGCGUUACAUUACGCCCAGCCGAGCGAAACUGCUGAUCGCCGCCACCUGGUUGUUAGGACUCGUCAUCGGUUUCCUGCCAGCGUUUGGAUGGCGCGGUGACACCGACGAGGGACGUGUCUGUUGGUUCAUACGGCUGGCCCCACCUGCUCUGGUCAUUCUGACCACCACAAUCGGAAUAAUACCGUUGAUUGUCGUCAUUGUUCUAUAUAGUAUCAUACUGCACAAGGCCCUCCGUAGGGUGUCUCAGCUGAAAAAAGCAAGCCGCGAUCAGCAGGGUGCGAUGUCAGGUAAUCUGCGAUUGUUCCGCGGUGGCAACGCAGCGGCUUCUAACUCUAAUCUAGACUCGGAGCAGCCACUGGCCGAAGCGCACCCAAAACCAACGAAAUGUUUCCGCUGUUGUAGGAAACAACCCUCUAAGACGUAUGAUGGACAGCCUGCUGCUAUCACCAGUAAACAUCCCACCAAAUGGAAGGCCAUUAAGGUGGUCCUACUAACAACGGGAUGUUUUGCCCUUACAUGGACCCCAUAUUUCAUCGCUAGUACAAUAUAUGUUCUGUGUGACCCAGUAACCAACGCCGAAUUGUGUCGCAGUGUACAGUUUGCCAUUGCCAGCCCCUUGGCGAUUCUUGGGUUCACCAACAGCCUUCUGAAUCCUUUUAUCUACGCCUGGUGGCAUCACGGCUUUCGAAGCUCGGUGAAGAAGCUGUGGAGAAAAAUGUGCCACUGUUGCCACAGGCGAAAUAACAAUAAAUCAUCUUCCCGAAACCGGGCAGUAACCACUGGAGACAGCAACGGUGAGAGCGACGGAAGUGGUCAGCAGCCACGAGGCUCGGAUACCACGACAACAACUUCCAUUACUGUUCCUGCUUUUUCUACUACCACCAGUGCAUCAAUGAGCAGAAACAACAACGGCAUCCCAGUAGAGGCCAAUAGCGGCAGUGAACUGGAAACUCAGACAACCGGCACAGCCAGUUGUCCUACCAGGGAGCGAACGAGACUGUAACUUUCAAUAUUCCCUAGCAACUUGUGUUUCUGGAAUAAAAAAAAACGAAAAAAAACUGUCAAGUGAGGUACCUACUGCUUCUGUCCCGUGACAGGUCAAGUUAGAAUACAACAAUAAUCCUAUUUUGUUGUGAACCUACCCGGUGUUAAUGGCAUUAACAAUCCUCGGAAUGAUAAACACGUUGCAUCGGUGCUUCGUGUUUAUCUUCAGCGGUGGUGAUGUAAGUGAUACCGGGAAAUGUGAGUGAGUGAUGUUGUACUGAUGUAACAGUAAAUAAAACCUAUUUUAAUU